GGAUUACUGCCCGUUUCUUUAAUUUAACCCACCAGGUGUGUCAGUGGGCUUGGAUGAAAGCAUGAAGAGACAGGAGGACCACUCUUUGUUUAGCUAACUGAGUGGGCGAGUGCAGCCUGCACACAGUCUGUCUCAACCAGAAGAAUGAAGCACAGUUCAACCCUGCUGUUGCUGCUUUUUCUGGGGACAUGUUGGGCUUAUGUCUAUCAAAAUGUGGCUUUGCGUGGCAAAGCAACUCAGUCAUAUCGCUAUGGAGGAUUGGGGGAUGCCUACAAUGCCAUUGAUGGAAACCGUGAAGCUACUUUCCUAGCUGGUUCAUGCACCCAUACUAUGGAACAAACCAAUCCCUGGUGGAGAGUGGACCUGCUGGAGUCCUACAUCGUCACCUCCAUCACCAUCACAAACAGAGGAGACUGCUGUCCAGAAAGGAUCAACGGAGCAGAGAUUCACAUCGGCAACUCUUUACAAAACAAUGGUGCCUCAAACCCAGAGGUUGGUGUGAUUCCUGCUAUCCCAGCAGGCAGGUCUUUAACGAUAACUUUUUCCAAACUUGUGGAGGGACGUUAUGUGACCGUGGUUCUGCCUGGUUCCCAAAGGAUCCUUACUCUCUGCGAAGUGGAAGUCUAUGGUUAUCGUGCCCCAACUGGUGAGAACCUGGCUCUCCAAGGAAAAGCUACACAGUCAUCACUGCAUUCUACAGGCAUUGCAUACAACGCCAUAGAUGGGAAUCGUGCCAGCGACUGGAACCAGGCUUCUUGCACUCACACAACAAACGAAAUCAAUCCCUGGUGGCGACUGGACCUGGGCAAAACCCAUAAAGUGUUUUCAGUUAAUGUCACCAACACCAGAGAUUCUGUCCCAGAACGACUCAAUGGAGCUGAGAUCCGCAUUGGAGAUUCUCUUUCAAACAAUGGCAACAACAAUCCCAGGUGUGCUGUUAUCUCACAAAUCCCUGCAGGUUUCACCCAAAACUUCCAGUGUAACGGGAUGAACGGUCGCUUCAUUAACAUCGUCAUUCCUGGAAGAGCCGAGUACCUGACCCUGUGUGAGGUGGAGGUGUAUGGCUCCAGACUAGAUUAG